AGACGUUUAAGGCGGCCAAUUUAAACUUUAACGUAGCGUCCAGAAAAUGGUGUUGAAGUCUGGAGCCUCCUCGUUUAUGUCUUUGUUGUUGUUGCUUAUAGUGUUUGCAGCUAUGCGGUUGUUUGCGGAAACAUUGUCUUCUUCACAAAUUUUGACAAUCUUCGGCGGAUUUUCCGGCAGUUUAGUUUUUGUUCUAUUAAUCACGUUUGUAAAUAAUUUGGAAAGGACACUUUUUGGUGAUGAGUUCUGCUCCGGAGUUUUUCCUGAAGUGGCCAUAUGCAUUUUCAUUGCCUGUUCUUUCUCUGCGACUAUACAUCGGGUGUGCGGCACGACAUGUUUCAUAUUUUCGCUGGUGAUGUUGUAUUAUCUGAGUCGCAUUUCUCAUGAAGUUUAUCAAAGUAAAGAGCAAGUGACCACAGGUGGCUCAUCGAGGAAGAAAAAAGAAUGAAAUUUCCGGUUUGUUUUCAGCUAGUAGUACUUUUACCAAGUUAUUUUUCUUGGCCUUUAGAUGUGCUUUUGUAUUCGAACUGUAAAGUUGCAAUAAAUAUUCUAAUUUUCUU